UACAGACUAACUUAGCUACCUCCUGAAGCUACAGAAAGCAAGUAAAGGCCUUGGAAGGGAGAUGAAAUGUUCCCUUUUAUUUCUGACAAACAAAACUUUUGCUGUAACUGGAAAUUGAAGGCCCAAAUUCCGUAAUGGAGAUACAUCUCUGUAUUAACUAUAAAUCUCUGUAUUGGUCAUUUUCAUAUAGGUGUGGAUCAUCUUCUGAUAAUCUCUGUAUUAAGUUUUAACAUUGCUAUUAAAAAAGCUGCCCCUGUGUCUUGUGGAAGAGGGUGAAAUGACGUCAGACUGAAAAUAGAGCAAUGUCUUCAGCAGGCACUUAGCUGACCCCUUUGUUGCUAAAGAUGCGGCCAGGCCUGCUGGAGCCAGGCCACUGUGCAGCUGUCCUGGGACGGUGGCAUCUCAGCCCUGGCUCCAGCUCUGGCACAGGAGGCAGCCACCUGCCAUGCAGCCCCGCCCCAGGAGCAGCGCCAACUACCAGAGGUGGGAGAGCAGGGAUGGUGCGAGUAUUCAGAGAAAAAACCGACAGCACAAGUGGAUCCCACAACAGGCAGCAGGGCCAAGGGGCAAAAUCAGCCAGUGGAAGAGGGGAAACCCCAGGAUGGGGAGAGGCAGAGGGGAGGGAAGUGACUGGUGGGGAGGGAAGAAAGUCCUCUACAGUGCUUGCAAAAAUGAAGUGUGGGGGCAGGAAUGGCGUGUUUGCCAUUUCCAGGGUGGGGCACCCCAGGGCUCUGCUCCGAACGGCACAGUGUGCCCAGCUCUUCCCUGCCCGAUAAUGGGCUAGAUGCUGUAGGAUAUUUUACAUACAGCCCCUUCCACACGCUAACGGCCAGACCUGGUCUUAGGGUCCGCAGGAGUCCCCGAUGGGUUUGUGUGUCUGCUUAAAACUGGAAAGGACUUUGCAGGUGUGUCCCCCCUGGGGGCUGUAGAAGUUUGGCCACUUGUCAAUCCAUUAGUGAAUGUGCAGGGAGGUUAAAACCUUCCCUAAUGGGCUUCUGUGUGCUGCUCCCUGGACAGUCAGUAAUGGAUUUAAAAGCAGCCAUCCCUCUACAAAAGCAUGUUAUCACCUGGUUCCAGAGGGAGACAGCUGAAUCGGAUUUGGAUGACAAGUUCGGUAUUAUCGCAUUGACUCAGGUGUGAUGUUAAACAACAUUAUUAACAAUAUGACCGUUGGGGAGCCAGUGGUGUUACUCUGCUGUCAUGGGCAAGGCUCGACAACUAAGGCAACCUACUCACCUGUGGUAAGCAGAUUUUAGCCCGACGCGGCCACGCAGCGCGGUCAGUGCAUGCACGGCAUGGUCUGCGCAUGCACCAUAUGUGUAGCUGUGAUGGAAGAGCAGCGAAAGCGUUUCAGACUAAAGGAAUUAACGGGGUUUUUUCCCCCUAUUUCCCCCUGUUCCAUUCCCUUAUGAAGGGCUUGUGUCCAUGAUAUGACACUAAAGGUGUGCAGCUAAAGCUCACUCGUUACAGCCCCUUAGAGCAGAGAGAUGUCACUGGUCAGUCUGUUCAGUAUCAAUGCACUGUCGCUUUUGUAACAAAGCCUCUGAGAGCUGCCUGGUUUCCUCUGCACCAGUCUGUUCAUGGAGAGAAACUUCUGGAACCCCCACGGCUCCUCAGUCUAGUGGGUCCGGCUCAGUGUGAACCAAGAACGGGAAGCUGAAGCCUGACGCACUCAGACGAGGGAGGGGGCAGGGAUGUGUGGUGGGGAAGGUGAUUAGCCGCUGAAUCAAGUGGCUGACGAACUGGUGGAUUCUCCGUCUCUUGAUGUCUUCAAAACAAAACUUGACGAUUUUCUAGAAAAUAUGCUCUGGGGAAAUAAAGGUUUGUUGUGGGGUAACGGGAUUAAGUACAAUGGUUUGUGACACAGAUGAGACCAGAGUUUCUAAUGAUUCCUUCUGACCCUGUGAAUCUGUAAUUUUUUAGGAUCCCAUCCAGUAAAAAUUCAGCAGGUGUUUAAAUUUAAAUACCUGAAUGGUCCCUGUGACCUCAUCUGUGUUGCGUGGGGGGCUUGUGAAGUCUGUGUUGGGUUAAUCCUGAUGAGAGAGCCUAGGUCUGUGCUACAGUGACAUGGAGGGAGACUAGGGGCCUUGAAUACAGAAGCCUAAAUUUAGACAUCUACAUCCAUGUUCAGGCAGGGGACCAUGCGGUUUGUGUAUCAGAACCACUGGGCGCUCAGAACUGAAUCCCAUCGUGGCAGGUGCAGUGAUGUUGAACUCGAGCCAGGUAUUGAGAGAGAGGAAUAUGGAUUUGGGAUCUAACCUGUGUGUGCUGUUCAUGGAAUAUCUCGACUCCAGCAUUUGCCCAAAACGGCUGGGUCUGGCUUAUGUGUCAACAGGGACAGCAUCUGGGGAGAACGGGGGCAUGGGAAGGAUUAAAGCCCCUUCUGAAAUGUCUCCAUUUGCCCUUCUCCCCCGACAGGCUGCAGGACACCCAUGUCUGUCUCCAGCUCAGCCCCGGGCCUGCAGAGCCAGGGACAGGAAAUGGCCGCGGCGGGGCUAGUGACCUUCGAGGAGGUGGCUGUGUAUUUCUCUGAGGAGGAAUGGGCUCUGCUGGACCCCGGCCAGAGAGCCCUCUACUGGGACGUGAUGCAGGAGAAUUACGAGGCUGUGAGCUGGCUGGGAUUUCCAGUCUCCAAAGCUCUCGCGAUCUCCUGGGUGGAGCGAGGGGAGGAGCUGCGGAUCCCGGAUCUCCAGGGCUCUGAGGAAGGGGGGCUCGGCAGUGACACCCGCACAGGGGAGCAAUUGGCUAACCUGACUCAGAAACCAAUUUCUGUGUCCUCAUAUUCCAGCCAUUCUUUGGCUGUGUUCCCCCUUUCCUGUUCCCCUUUCAGCACAGAGACUGACUCCUGUCUGGAUUCUCUCUCUCUCCCAGCAGGUGAUGGGACGCUGCGUGAGAACAAUGAGGAGAGCCUUCAGCAGCAAGGACCGGAGCCCGUGGCUCCAAGGGCCAUGCUACAGGGAAGAUCUGAAGGGCAUGUUUCCCAGAGUCCCGAGCGGGGAGAGACCUGGGAGCAUCGGUGUGGCCCAGAACGGCUGCAGGGAAACCAUCCAGAGCAGAGACAGAGUAAAACCAAUCACAGGAGGAGAGGAGAGAAAAGAAACACAGAAACGGUUCAACAGAAAAUCCCCCAUCAACACUCACCCUGCGCUUAUAGCGAGUGUGAACACGAACGAACCCACCCUGGAGAGAAGCCCUUCAAAUGCUCUGACUGCGGGAAAUGCUUCAGUCGGCGCUCAGACCUUAGGAACCAUCAGAUAUCACACACAAGAGAGACACCCCAUAACUGCCCUGACUGUGGGGAAAGAUUCAGUUGGAGGUCGCACCUUGUUACCCACCGGAGAAUCCACACAGGGGAGAAACCCUUUGACUGCUCUGACUGUGGGAAAAGCUACAAUCGGCGCUCCAGUCUUAAUCUUCAUCAGAGAACUCACACUGGAGAGAAACCUUUCAACUGCUCCGACUGUGGGAACAGUUACAGUUGCAGCUCAGACCUUAUUACCCAUUGGAGACGGCACACGGGGGAGAAACCCUUCAGCUGCUCUGACUGUGGGAAAAACUUCAGUCAGCGCUCAAAUCUUAUUAGUCACCAGAGAACGCACACCGGCGAGAAACCCUACGUCUGUUCUGAUUGUGGGAAAAGCUUCAGUCAGAGCUCACACCUUGUUACCCACAGGAGAAGCCACACGGGAGAGAAACCCUACAUCUGCUCUGACUGCGGGAAAAGCUUCAGACAGAGUUCACACCUUGUUGCCCACAGGAGAAGCCACACGGGGGAGAAACCAUUCAGCUGCUCUGACUGCGGGAGGAGCUUCAAUCAGCAUUCAAUUCUCGUUAGACAUAAGAGAGCCCACACUGGGGAGAAACCCUUCAGCUGCUCUGACUGUGGGAAAAACUUCAGUCAGCGCUCAAAUCUUAUUAGUCACCAGAGAACGCACACCGGCGAGAAACCCUACGUCUGUUCUGAUUGUGGGAAAAGCUUCAGUCAGAGCUCACACCUUGUUACCCACAGGAGAAGCCACACGGGAGAGAAACCCUACAUCUGCUCUGACUGCGGGAAAAGCUUCAGACAGAGUUCACACCUUGUUGCCCACAGGAGAAGCCACACGGGGGAGAAACCAUUCAGCUGCUCUGACUGCGGGAGGAGCUUCAAUCAGCAUUCAAUUCUCGUUAGACAUAAGAGAGCCCACACUGGGGAGAAACCCUUCAGCUGCUCUGACUGUGGGAAAAGCUUCUAUCAGCAUCCCCAUCUUGUUAGGCAUCAGAGAACUCACACAGGGGAGAAACUCUACUAUCUGAAGGAGAAACCGUUCAGCUGCUCUGACUGUGGGAAAAGCUUCCUUCGGCGAUCACACCUGGUUAUACAUCAAAGAGCCCACACCGGGGAGGAACUCUUUGACUGCUCUGACUGCGGGAAAAGCUUCUGUGAGCGCUCAAGUCUCGUUUGUCAUCAGAGGAACCACACAGGAAAGAAACACUACAUGUGCUCUGAGUGUGGGAAGAGCUUCGGUAUGAGCUCACUGCUCGUUAGACACAGGAGAAUGCACACCGGCGAGAAACCCUUCAGCUGCUCUGACUGUGGGAAAAGUUUCAAUCAGAGGGCACACCUUGUUACCCACAGGAGAAGCCACACAGGGGAGAAACCCUUCAACUGCUCUGACUGCGGGAAAAGCUUCAAUCAACACUCAAGUCUUGUUAGGCAUAAGAGAAGCCACACGGGGGAGAAACCCUUCCGCUGCUCUGACUGUGGGAAAACCUACAGUCAGAGUUCAAAUCUCAUUAGUCACCAGAGAACACACACAGGAGAGAAACCCUUUAGAUGCUCUGACUGUGGGAAAAGCUUCAGUCGGAGGUCAGGCCUUGUUACUCAUGGGAGAAUCCACACAGGGGAGAAACCUUUCUGCUGCUCUGACUGCGGGAAAAGUUUUCGUCGGAGGUCAGACCUUGUCAGACAUCGGAGCACCCACACACGGGAGAAACCCUUCAGCUGCUCGGAGUGUGGGAAAAGUUUCAGUUGUCGAUCAAAUCUUUACAAUCACUGCACAGUUCACAAGGGCAGAAGCCCUGGAACUGCCCUGGCUGCGGGGAAAGGUGCUUUCAGAGCUCAGGCGAUGUUAGAUCCAGGAGAAUCUUCACAAGAGAGAAAUCCGUCCGUUCCUCUGACUGGGGCGAAACCUUCUCUCAGGACGCAACCCUCAUUGAGCAUCAAAGGAUCAACAUAAGGGAAAACCCUGUAACCCAAGGUCCCUUUGAGUUGCAUGUUCAUGUGACCGCGUAGCAGCCUAGUAAGUGCUGCACAAGUGCUUAGGGCUGUGGCAGGGAGAUACACCUCUGCCCACUGGUCUUAACCCUGGCCCAGACCUGC